UUUAUUAUUGUUGGGUCAGUGUGAAAUUGUUUUGUCUUCCUCCUUCAACAACCAUGCCUAUCAAAUGGGUUUUGCAUUGGCAACCAAACCAAGGUUCAACAGUGAGCAGCCAGAUCCUAAACGAAGCUUCGGAAUGCGUUGAGAGCAUCAAUGGUGUCAAAGAAGGGAGAUGGAAAGCUACUCUCAACUACUACAAACCCAUUUUGAAAGACGAGGCGAAUCAAUCUGAGUUCCCUCGUGAUUUCCUUGGGAUCUCGCUCGCGGAUGAGCCGGACAAGUACUACUUUAUCAUCAAGUCGCAAAGGAUUGUGGUUGAGGCUGAUACUAACAUUCUAUCAAUCAUGGAGAAGCUUCAGUCUUACAAAUCCAAAGUUGCGCUUUACUUUGAAGGGUUUCAGUAUCAGCUUGGUGAUUUUCGUUUCAGGAUUGGAAAAGUUGUUCCUACUCAUUCUGAGAAUGUGAGAGGAAUCGUCAUGGAGGUGGAUUAUCUUCCUAUAUCAUCAAUCAAAACGGCAAACAAACUGAUGGAGGAGUUCAUGGAGAUAUGGCAUGAAGCUCUGGCUAAAAGGUCAUUGCCGGGAAAGUUUGUGAACAUCGAUAUCAACUUUGAGGAGUAUGGACUUGGAGACAUCUACACUCCACAACACACCGCUGUUCACUAUGCUCUCGUGAUGGCUGACAUGAUUGCUACUGUUCAAGCUGCGAGAGGCUAAACAGCUCAGGUUUCGUAUCUUCGGUAAAAAUACUGCGUUUCGCAGUAUUAGUCAUUUUAUUUACAAGAAACAUUUGAGAAAAUAAAGACUUUGAAAAGAGUUGAGAGACUAUGUUUUAAACUACAGAAAACAAUUUGAGUUUGUGGCAGAUUUGUUAUUUGAAUUUCAGUGUUUUGGUUUGCUU